AUGGUGGCGGUGGUCGUUGAAGUCAACUCCGACGGUUGUUCGAGGUUGGGGUUGGUUAGAGUUUUGUCUACACACCGAGGGCAGUCCAAUGGAGUUCAUAUCCCGUCUUCGGCCGCUGUUGCAGAUUCUGCACUUGGGGAGGAUGUUGGUGGUGGUACUAUUGGACGACGCUUAUGCCGGAAACGCAACAUCGAACCUUUUCUCGCUAAGUCACUUAUUAUUAUCGAUAUUGCUGAUAGUGAUGAGUUAUUAGUGGCAGAGGCGGUUUGUUCACACCAUCGAGGGAAAACAAUCACUCCGGUGGCUCCUUAUUUGGUGGCUGCUGUCGGCUGUCUCUGUUUCAUCGGGGUUGACUGGGCGGAGUUGGCUCCCAUUAAAUCGGAGUACGACGAGCUUGCAGAGAAGAUAUGGCUCCUCGAGAAGGAGCGACGUAAGUUCAAUGAACGCUACCUUGUGUUAUUUGGGGAGAAAACCGUUGAUGAGGCUCAGGUGGCGACUUUGGAUGGGGAGGUCAACCGCCUAUCUCAGCAGGUCCAAGAUUUGGCUAUGGAGAAAACGACAUUAGUGGAACGUUUGGCGUUGCGAGGCAUGGACCAUGUUGUUGAGAACAAUGAGUUUGCGCUCGGGAUUCGCGGCGUGAAGGCCGGGUAUGUGGCUGCUGGUGUGGAGAGGGGAAAACAGACGGUGCAGGUAUUGUCCUCUGGUAGCGGCUUCGGCCCAUCCGAACCGGGCGUCAUCGCUCAGCCUACUGAUGCCAUGCACGCUGUCGUUAGGGCUUUCGCUGAGACGGACUUCGCAUCUUAUCUCAAACUAGGCGAGCUUGGUCUUGUUGAUCUCUGCCAAUUAUGUUCUGAGGAGGAGGACAUUGUUCCAGACGACGACGUUGAGGGUAGCAUGUGA